CACGGCAGGUACAGCUUGCCGGUGAGUAGAGGAUGGUGGAAGCCAGCGAUGGCGCGCAGCCUCCCACUUGGAAGUUCACGCAAUGCUUCGGAGACAAAGGUGACGUUGAAGACAUCACCGAAGCGGACAUAAUCUCCACCGUCGAGUUUGACCAGACCGGCAACUACCUCGCAACUGGCGACAAGGGGGGCCGCGUGGUGCUCUUCGAGCGGAAUGAGACGAAGAAGACAUGCGAAUACAAGUUCCAUACCGAGUUUCAGUCACAUGAGCCGGAGUUCGACUACCUAAAGUCUCUAGAAAUAGAAGAGAAGAUCAACAAGAUCAAGUGGUGCCGGCGACAGAAUGCAUCGCAUUAUCUGCUUUCGACGAACGACAAGACGAUAAAGCUCUGGAAAGUGUUCGAGAAGUCUCUCAAGGUCGUCGCAGAGAACAACCUCUCCAAUGAACUCACACCCGCCGGCGCAGGAAACGCGAAUGGGGGUGGGCCUGUACGGUAUCCCAACCAGCACUUCCGAAGUGUCGCGGACCUCAAGUUCCCUCGAAUGACUCACCACGACACAGUGGUUGCCGCUGUACCGCGCCGUGUGUACGCCAACGCUCAUGCAUACCACAUCAACAGCAUCUCCGUCAACAGCGAUGGCGAGACUUUCAUAUCCUCCGAUGAUCUGCGGAUAAACCUCUGGAAUUUGAACAUCCAGGACCAGAGCUUCAACAUUGUCGACAUCAAGCCAGCGAAUAUGGAGGAGCUGACAGAAGUCAUCACAGCCGCAGAGUUCCAUCCGGUUAGCUGCAACUGGUUCAUGUACGCUAGUAGUAAGGGCACCAUCAAGCUGGCAGACAUGCGACAGAAGGCACUGUGUGAUGAGCAUGCGAAGCAGUUCGAACAAGAAGAAGAUCCCACCACCCGCUCCUUCUUCUCCGAGAUCAUCUCAUCCAUCUCCGACGUUCGCUUCUCGCCUGACGGCCGCUAUAUCCUCUCACGCGACUACCUGACGGUCAAGAUCUGGGACGUGAACAUGGAGCGACAACCGCUCAAGACCAUACCCAUCCACGAGCACCUCCGGCCACGCCUCUGCGAUACCUACGAGAACGACAGCAUCUUCGACAAGUUCGAGGUCGUCUUCAGCGGCGACGCAAAGAACGUCAUGACCGGAUCCUACAACAACAACUUCAUGAUCUACCCAUCCACGCCCGGCGAUGACACCGAGGUGGUGUUGCAGGCGGACAAGAGCGCGUUCAAGGCGAAGAAGGUCGGUGUGCCUACGCCCAUGGCCGGUGGCGCGGCGGCGGCCAAGAAGGGCGGCGCGGCGAACGGGAGCAGAGCGAAUAGUCCUGUGCCUGGAGGCGCGCAGCGGAUGCGCAAGGAGACGGAUGCGGAUCAGAUUGAUUUCAAUAAGAAGAUUUUGCAUAUGAGUUGGCAUCCGCAGGAGGACAGUAUUGCCAUUGCGGCGACGAAUAAUCUCUUCGUCUUCUCGGCGCUAUGAGCCUGCGCUGCCGUUACGAUGGGUUGGAGCUGGAGAUUGGUGCAUGGGGGCGAACGGCGUCCAGAGACGGCGGGCGUACUUGCAAGGACGCCAAUGGGUGGUA